GCACGUGGAUCGUCCUGUUCUUUCCAGUUUCCAUGCCUUUUCUUGGACGGAAACAAACAAAAAUUAGGACGCGGAGAGGGAACGAUCCGAAGCUCCAAUAACUCUCUUAAAAAAGCUCUCACAUCCCGAACGAAAGCCGUUGCAGAUCCACGAUCGAAAAUGUCUCCUUUCAGCGGCGAUGAAACGGCACCGUUCUUCGGUUUCCUUGGCGCCGCUGCUGCUCUUGUUUUCUCCUGUAUGGGAGCUGCCUAUGGGACUGCAAAGAGUGGUGUUGGUGUGGCUUCAAUGGGUGUGAUGAGGCCUGAAUUGGUGAUGAAGUCCAUUGUCCCGGUUGUUAUGGCUGGAGUUUUGGGUAUUUACGGCCUUAUUAUUGCCGUUAUCAUCAGUACCGGGAUUAACCCAAAGGCCAAGUCCUAUUACCUGUUUGAUGGUUAUGCACAUCUCUCAUCUGGGCUUGCUUGUGGUCUUGCUGGCCUCUCUGCUGGUAUGGCGAUUGGUAUUGUUGGUGAUGCUGGUGUUAGAGCUAAUGCACAGCAGCCAAAACUUUUCGUUGGAAUGAUUCUUAUUCUCAUAUUUGCCGAAGCACUUGCCCUCUAUGGUCUUAUUGUCGGCAUUAUCUUGUCUUCAAGAGCUGGCCAGUCCAGAGCAGACUAAGAAGGUUGCUGUGUUGCUGAAGGUUCUUUUUACCUACUUAUUUGUGUAAUUUUUAGGAGGAAAUUAAUUGUGGACAGGUUAGUAAUUGCUGGAUGGCACCGGGGAGCUCUCUAGAUUGAUUUGUUGGAAGCGGGGGUGUGCUCUGCCAGCAAUUUGGUGGUAUUGAGAUUGUAGAAGUAGGAUUGAGUUUGUGUGUCUAAUAAAAGCUUCUGAAGCAUACUCUUAUUUGGUUUUAUCUAUUGAUGUAUCUUGCCAUUUAGAAAUUGGAGCUGGUAUAGGAUUCAUGAAUCAUGGUCAUGGUCAUGGAAAUGGUGCAUCCGUGAUUUUCUCAUCUAUUUUAAAUGUCGGAACAUCUGGCUUCAGUAUUCUA